AUGGUUCGUGGAGCACCUACGAAGACGCGAAAUCCUAACCCAAGCGGGCUUGGGCGUGCAAUCAUUAACAAGAAGGUCAAGGAUGCUCAUAGGGCACGAGAGACGGGACUUUAUACUACCGAUAUCGAUCCUACAUCACGCCUCCAAUCAAUCACUCAAGAGCGUGAUUUGGAUGAGUUCUUGAACACCGCACAACUAGCGGGGACUCAAUUUACUGCAGAACGCCGCAAUGUCAAAAUUCUUAACUCCUCUUCCGGAGUGCACCAUAACUCAUAUCUACUCUCUGAAGAGGAAGAGCGCCAUACAAUUCAGAGACACCAGGAAAAUAGGAGGCGCUUGCGGGUACCUAGACGAUCUCCUUGGACCAAGAAGAUGACUGCGACCCAGCUAGACAGACAAGAGAAGGAUGCGUUUUUGGAAUGGAGGAGAGGAUUGGCAGAGCUUCAAGAGCAAGACCGGUUUCUUCUCACACCUUUUGAGCGUAAUCUGGAAGUCUGGCGACAGCUCUGGCGGGUGCUGGAACGUUCGCAUUUGGUUGUCCAAAUUGUUGAUGCCCGAAAUCCUCUCCGGUUCAGGUGUGAAGAUCUAGAAUUUUAUGUGCAAGACGUGGAAGGAGCGGAAGGAGAGCAGGGUACAGGCAAGGGUUUGAGGAGGAAUAUGUUAUUGAUCAAUAAAUCGGAUCUAUUGACCGCUAAGCAGAGACGUGUAUGGGCUGAUUACUUUGAUGAACAAGGAGUACGAUAUGCGUUUUUCUCCGCAGCCAAUGCGGCAGCUUUGCAGCUAGCACGCCAGGGAGAACCACUAGUCGUGGACGCGCCUUCAGUGUAUGACCGAGACCAAGACGAAGGGUAUACAUCAAGCUCCUCAGAUGGGGAGAUGUCUCCUGAAAAUAACGACAAUCCCCCCACAUGCUCGUCGGACGAGCAGCUGCAAUCGGAAGAGUCCGACGUUGGAUCUGCGUUUUCCCUUGAGGAAGAUACCCCAGAUACACAAGAUCCGAGGACGAAGGUUCUGUCAGUGUUGGAGCUUGAGGACCUAUUCGUCAAGGCCGCACCUGAUUUGACUACUUUUACCGACUCCACGGGUGCGCAUCCUGGAAAGCUGGUAGUCGGUCUUGUGGGAUACCCGAAUGUGGGUAAAUCAAGCACAAUUAAUGCCCUCUUGGGCGAAAAGAAAGUCAGCGUCUCAUCAACGCCCGGAAAGACCAAACAUUUCCAGACAAUAAACCUAUCACCUACUCUGAUGUUAUGUGAUUGUCCGGGUCUGGUCUUUCCGCAAUUUACUACUACGCGGGCGGAUUUAGUAUGCGAUGGAGUCCUCCCGAUUGAUCAGCUGAGGGAACACACCGGACCCAUUGCCUUAGUUGCGAAGAGAAUCCCACGGGAAGUCUUGGAAGCAACUUAUGGACUAGCAAUCAAGACAAGAGGACCAGAUGAUGAUUGGGACGGCGGGGUGGCGCCUGAAGACUUGUUGAUACCUUAUGCCAUCGCAAGAGGUUUCAUGCGCUCAGGCCAGGGCAAUCCAGACGAGGCGCGCGCGGCGAGGUAUAUUCUCAAGGACUACGUGAACGCCAAGCUUCUGUUCUGUCAUCCACCCCCAGGCGUAUCAGAAGAAGAAUUUAACGAACAGACCAGGGAGCUGUCUCUGAAGCGCGUCCUGGGCAAGAAACGCGCGCCCUUGACGCGCGUCGUGAAAGGCGCUGAUACUUUCAUAGCCCAAGGUAACAUACCUCCGAUGCUCGGAUCGGGUGCUGCUCCGCCAUCCUCGAGUAGCGGCCCGAUCCCAAGUACAAAGUCCCAUAACAUUGACGAGGAAUUCUUCACCAAUGAUUCCGUGGUUGCACUGCGUCCGCGAGUGCGUGGAUCCGCCCGGGGUGGACAAGAAGUCACACGAAUGCAAAUCUACCCUCAUCAGAACGCCAUAGCUGAUGAUGGCUCUCCCGUAACGGAGAAUCAGGCCAGAAUAGCUGCUGUACUUACUAAUGCAGGUGGUGGGAUGGUCAGUGCAGGCAAAAAGCAUCACAAAAAGCCGAAGCGAGUCAAGCAAAGGAGUGGUAGAGGAUAUGAUUGA